AUGCGCAACCCGAUGGACUUCACAUCCAACCCCUUAUUUCUCAUCAUCUUCGCCGUCACCAUCCUCUAUGCGGCCUACACCUUCCCCAGGCCCCAACUGAAGCAAACCAACCUCGUUUUCUACGUCCACGACUACUUCACCGGCCACGACUCCACCGCUGCCAUAGUAGCCGGAAAGGCUGGACCCACCUCUAAAAUCCUACACUUUGGCACCGUGGCAGUCGUGGAUGACCCAGUAACGGAGGGACCCAGCAUCGAGUCAACGCUGAUUGGUAGGGCCCAGGGCAUGUACGUUAAUUCGCGGCUUGAUGGCAAAAGCUUGUACAUGGUUUUCUCAGUGACUUUCACGGAUGGUGAGUUCAAAGGAAGCAGCUUGGAGAUUCAGGGAUCCGAUAUCUACACGAUGAAGGAACGAGAAUUCGGGGUUGUUUCUGGCACUGGUUAUUUUAGGUUUGUGAAGGGGUAUGGGGUUAUGGAAACAGAGUUCAUCGACGUGGCUAAUCUCAGAGCCAUUCUUAAGCUCAGUGUAACGGUCAAGCAUUAUUAG